UGGCCUCAAAAAAUUUUCAAAUCUUGAAAUGGCCCACAAUUACUAGCAAGAAAAAGAGAAACUGAAUGCCUCUCCCUCCAGACAGAAGGACAGCAAGAAUCUCAUCACCAAUUCACCAUUCCAAAAUCACAGGAAAAAGCUAAUGAGGGCCUUGUACUACUACACAUCAUUGGCUGCAGCUUCAACAACUCCAAAGUUACCAUAUUGCCACUCCUCUCCCACUCUUCUUCUGCCCCCACCAAAAUCCCAGUUAUUUCCACCCGUUCCAAAAAAAUUCCCAUUUCUUAAAAGCCCCAGAAACAGUGUACAAAACAAGAAGAAACCCUUGAAUCUAAUAAUCAAAGCAACAAUGGCCUCCACACCGUCAGCUGCAGCAACUGACUCAAGGACGAAGCCAUUUUCAGUUCUUUUUGUUUGCCUUGGCAACAUAUGCAGAAGCCCAGCUGCUGAAGGUGUUUUCAGAGACUUGGUGAAAAAAAGAGGUCUUGAUUCUAAGUUCAAUAUUGAUUCUGCUGGCACCAUCAAUUACCAUGAGGGUGAUCAAGCUGAUCCAAGAAUGAGGGCUGCCUCUAAAAGGCGUGGAAUUGAGAUAACUUCAAUAUCAAGGCCAAUUAGGCCCUCUGAUUUUAUAGAAUUUGAUCUUAUUUUGGCAAUGGACAGAGAAAAUAGAGAGGCUAUACUUUCAGCAUUUGAGAGGUGGAGGCAUAGAGAACCUUUGCCUGCUGAUGCUGCUAAGAAGGUCCGACUAAUGUGCUCUUAUUGUAAGAAGCAUGAAGAAGAUGAAGUCCCAGACCCCUACUAUGGUGGACCACAGGGUUUUGAGAAGGUUUUGGAUUUACUUGACGAUGCCUGUGAGUCACUGUUGGAAAGCAUUUUAUCAGAAAAUACAGAAUUAGCUGAUUCUUAGAUGCAUACUGCAAGCCGAUUCGUCAGAAGAUGAGAUUUCUGAGCAUCAUUGCUAGUCCAAAGAUGCUUCGCCAACUAAUCGACAUGAAUUAUUUAUUACAAAUUUGCUUACUUUCAUCACGGGGUAGAUGAGACACUGAUUACGGUCAAAGCUUGAUGAAGUAAAUUCAUAAAUUUGCGUGUAUGAAGUUGGUUGUCAAGCCAAACCAACAUUAUCGAAAGCUGCAGUCUGGAAUGGGAAGUUUUUUCCCUCUGAUGCUCUUCUUUUACUUGGCUUAAACAUUUCUGGAAUUGUAAAACUUUUGAUGGUGAACCUUCCUGUUUGACGAUGCUGGAUUGUUGAUGAAAAGGGUUCUUUGUACC